AUGUCGGACCCAUAUGGCCAGUACCCACCCUAUAACACUGCAGCCCCAGGUCCGCACCCUAGCGGCGGGGCGUACUAUGCGCCCCAGAACACCCCGCAUGAUUAUGGGUCUCAGCAACAAUAUGGGCAGCCUGGCCAGCUUCAACAGUAUACGGGUGCCUACAAUUCCCAGCAUGAUUUGAGCCAGCAAGCGCAACAGUAUCAGCAACCGCCGCAGAGGGAUUUUCUGAGCCCGUCUGAUGCGCUGGGGUACCAGCAUGCGCCCGGAAACCACGAAGCUAGAGGUCGCCAGGGCAGCAACGCUGAGUAUUACAACCAGCAUAUUGACGAACAUAGAGAUGUUUCCCGAUCGCGGCGCAGCCGAUCCCGCGCGUCCAGCAGCGCGAUGAAGGACAAAUCCGGAUCGCGGUCUAGGUCUAGAUCUGCUUCAUCUGGGAAGGACCGAGACCUUGCUGGAACGUUGCUGGGGGGUGCGUCUGGAUACUAUCUGGGACAUAAACAGAACCAUGGUAUUCUUGGUGCUUUGGGUGUGAGCAUGGCGAGGAUCAUCAUAAGCGCCAUCGCCAUCGUCACCAUCAUCAUGAUCAUGAUGAUGGGCAUCACAGUCAUCACAGUCAUCACGAUCAUCACAGUCAUCACAGUCAUCGCCACCAUGCCCAUCGGCAUCAUCGGAGCCGCUCGAGACAUAGUGCACACAGUGACAAUUCCUGAUGCUUGCGUUUCCUGUGGGGAGUGGUAA